GGAGCCCCGGCUGACUGUGGACUCCGGACACUCGUGGGCCGUCGGGAAGGACUGAACGGGAGCGCUUUGGUCCAGUGAGGCCCGGCCGGGAGCAGUCCAGGAUAUUCCUCCCACCUCCGGGGAAGCUUUGGGUGCCCGGGCAGUCGCCAGAUUCGAGGCUUGGUGGGCCCCCGUGCUCCAGAGGGGUGCAAAGUUUUUGUCUAGCGCCCCCUCCUCCUAAUCUGAGCCAGGUCCCGAUGGAUGCCGAGGGACCCCCUCUUUUCUUGGACGUCCGCCUGUGCGGCUACUUGCGGAAACAGAAGUCCCAGCACCGGCGCUACUUCGUGCUCCGCGGCGCCAGCUCCAGUGGGCCCGCUCGCCUGGAGUACUACGAAAGUGAGAAGAAGUUCCGGGCCGGGGGGCCGGGCUCACGCCCUAAGAGGGCCUUCCCCUUGGCCAAGGCACUGAGCAUCAGCAAGCGGGCAGAUGCCCGCCACAGACACCUCCUGGUCCUGUGCGGGCGAGAGGGCACCUUUGGCGUGGCGGCCGAGAACGCCGAACAGCAGCAGGCGUGGUACGCAGCUCUGGUGGAACUCCACGGCAAGGGGAAAGCAUCCCCGGACGGAGAUGGAGACCCGGCGCUCUCCGGCCCAGCGUUCAAGGAAGCCUGGCAGGUCAGCCUCCGUCCCAGAGGCCUGGGCCACACCAAGCGCCUGGCCGGCACCUACCUCCUCUGCCUGACCGACAAGACCAUCAGCUUUGUGAAGCUGAACACGGACGUGGCCGCCGUGGUCCUGCAGCUGCUCAACGUCCGGCGCUGCGGCCACUCGGAGAACUACUUCUUCAUGGAGGUGGGCCGCUCGGCGGUGACGGGCCCCGGGGAGCUCUGGAUGCAGGUGGAUGACCUGGUGGUGGCCCAGAACAUGCACGAGACUAUCCUGGAGGCCAUGAAGGCCCUGAGCGAGGAGUUCCGCGUCCGCAGCAAGAGCCAGCCCCUGGCCUCCCCGCCCAUCUCGGUGCCCCCUCGCCACCCGCCCCUCAGCACGCCCCCGCCCGGCCAGGCCGCUUUCCCCUGGAGACCCCGCCCCCCGGGGGCCUCCGCCGUGAGCAGGAGCCCCGGCCCCCCCGGGCAGAAGGGGGCCGGGCUGCAGAAGCCGGGUUCCUUGAGCGAUUACAGCGUGGUCUCCUCGGACGAAGGGGGAUCGAGCCCGGGCGACUCACGCCCGCCCAACACUCCCGACCGGCUGAGUGACCUGGUGCCCGAGGGGGAGCUGGACUACAUUGCCAUGGGCAAGCGGGCUCUGCCGGACGGGCGCGGCUUGGCCGGGUGGGGGGUGGGGCCCAACAAGCGGGCCUCGCUGCCCCCCCUGGCCCUGGAGAAGGGCAGCCUGCCCCACCGGAAGCGGGCCCUCAAGCCGGUCGCCGCCUCGGCAAGUUACCCGGAGGGCCUCAACCGCAGCACCGACCCCAGCUACAUGGCCAUGCUUCCCGGCGUGGCCCGCAGUGCGGAGGGCCAGGCCUACAUCCCGAUGACCCCGAGCAGCGCCUCCCCUCCCCAGGAGAGCGGCGGGAGUGGGUGCUGGGCGGCGGGGGGGGUGGCUCCUUGGCCAGCGACUACGUGA